CUAAUAAGAGUAUGUAGUACCUAACAACCUAACUAAUAUAUAGACAACUCACACCCGUGAUAGAGAAUAGCAAUCAUAUAGCGAUUAUGAAAUGAACAGAUGUAAAGAAAGAGAAAAAUCGUAUAUAAUUACUGCUUCGGUAUGUAAUUGAUUAGUCGAUUGACGUAAAUUAAAAGAAAAAGUACCUAUAAUAAGCAUAAGAUUAUCUUCGUGUUGAAGUUCUAUCCUAGUGUUGAAAUAUAAACUUAUAGAUUUAAUUAAGCUUUUAAAUUAAACAAAAAGAUAUGCUAUUUAUGAAGUAUAAAGGACAAUUCUAAGAAUAACCAUGAAUUUUUCGAGAACUUUAUUUAAACGUAUUCAAAAGAAUAUUGUUCAUUCCAAUCGGAAUUAUGCUAAGUCUGUUAAUCCAUUUACAAGAACGUGGGGUAUGAUAAAUGAUGAAAUAAAAUCAGGCUUUAAACAAAAGUCUGAUUAUCCUGAACAUGCAGAUGUUGUUAUAAUAGGAGGUGGUUUUAUAGGAUCUUCUGUAGCAUAUUGGCUUAAAAGUAGAGCAGGUGAGGGAUUAUCUGUCGCUGUCAUAGAAAAAAACACUACAUAUGAAAUGUGUCAGAAUAUGCAUUCCCAUGGAAUUCUCACUCAACAUUAUUCUCUACCUGAGAAUAUUUAUUUAUCACAAUAUAGUGCAGAUUUUUUGAGAAAUAUAAAAAAUAACUUGAAAGAAGAUGUGGAUCUACAAUUCAAACCACAUGGUACUUUAACCCUUGCGAGUGAAAAGUAUGCUUCCAAUUUGGAGGAAAAUGUUUCACUGCUAAAAGAAUAUGGUAUAAGUAACAAAUUACUCACAGCUGAAGAAAUACAGAGAAUGUAUCCUUGGAUUAACACAUCAGACAUUAAAUUAGGUUGUAUUAGUAAAGAAUCCGAAGGUGUGUUCAACUCACAAAAUUUGUUAAAAGGAUUAAUACAAAAAUCACAAGAACUAGGUGCUACUUAUUUAAAAUCUGAAAUAAUUGAUUUUGAAAUGAAUCCUCAACAAGACGUUUUAAUGGAAGGUGUCGCACCAGGGUCAUUUAAAAAAAUUAAUAGACUAUUGUACAGAACUGAGGAUAAUCAAGAAAUCUUUCUAAAGUUUGCAGUUUGUGUCAUAGCUGCUGGUUCUGAUUCAGAAACUAUAGCAAAAUUAGCAAAUAUUGGGACAGGUGGUGGUCUAUUAUCUGUGCCUUUGCCAAUUGAAAAGCGGACUUAUAAUGUAUACUCAAUAGAAAAUGAAGGUAACGAAAUGUCAUUUGGCUUAAAUAUGCCUUACAUAAUGGAUACAAGUGGUUUAUGGAUGAAAAGAGAUGGACUUCGAAAAAAAUUAAUAUGUGGGCAAAUACCUCCUAUAAAACAUGACACUAGUAUAUCUGACAGUGAUGUUUUUUACUCUUCAUUGCACAAUAGAUACCCAGACUGUGUUAAUUCUAAGGUAAAAACUAUUUCAACUGAUUUUAUUGAUUGCAAUACCUAUGAUGAUACUGGAAUUUUGGGCCCCCAUCCAUACCACACAAAUCUAUUUUUUGCAACAGGAUUUAGCAGACAAGGAGUUCAACAUUCUCCAGGAAUUGGUAGAGCUGUUGCAGAAUUAAUUAUAGAUUGUCAGUUCACAACAAUUGAUCUAUCAAGAUUUGGGUUUGAUAGAAUAUUAAUAGAUGAACCUUUAAUAGAGUCUAAUGUGUAUUAAAAUAUUACAUUAAUAAUAAAAUAAAACAUUACAAUUAA